AUGGAGAAAGAAGGGAACAAUCAAACAUUAAUCACAGAAUUCAUCCUCCUGGGAUUUGGGAAUGUCCAGCAAUAUCGCAUACUUCUCUUCCUGCUAUUUCUAGUGAUCUAUAUUGUAACAGUGGCUGGGAACGUGCUCAUCAUUGUUCUGGUUGCUACUGAUCAGCACCUUCACACUCCCAUGUACUUCUUCCUGGGGAACUUGUCCUGCUUGGAGACCUUCUACAUCUCCACCAUCCUGCCCAGGAUGCUGGCCAGCUUCCUCAGUGAGGACAAGACCAUUUCGGUUAGGGGCUGCAUUGCACAGUUCUAUAUAUUUGAUUGUCUGGCAGCCAUAGAAUGCUAUCUCUUAGCUGUGAUGUCUUAUGAUCGGUAUUUAGCAAUAUGCAAACCCCUGCUCUAUCCAAUGCUUAUGAAUAGCAGGGUUUGUCGCUGGCUAGCAGCUGGGUCAUGGAUAGGAGGAAUCCUGCUUGCUUCAACCAUCAUGUAUUUUACAGCACAGCUAACUUUCUGUGGAUCGAAUGUCAUUGAUCACUUCUUUUGUGAUCUCACCCCAAUACUAGAGCGCUCCUGCAGUGACACCAGUGUGAUCACUUUGGUGAGUUCUGUUGUGUCUUUUUUUGUAGAGAUUUCCCCGUUCCUGUUAACCAUGACCUCCUACAUUUGCAUUAUAGUUGCCAUCCUGAGAAUCCCUUCCACCAGUGGGAGGAAAAAGGCGUUUUCCACCUGUUCAUCUCACCUCGUUGUGGUGACAGUAUUCUAUGGCACCCUCACAUUUGUCUAUCUGUCACCAAAAAACAGCUCAGUAGGGGACCUGAACAAAGUGUUCUCUGUCUUUUAUACAGUCCUCACUCCCUUGGUUAACCCCCUUAUCUACAGCCUUAGGAACAGAGAGGUCAAAGAAGCCCUGAGAAAAGCAGUCAGCAAACUAUGUCCCUCACAAGGGGACAUAGGAUAA